UUUAGAUUUUAGUAAACGAAAACUGAACAUUUUAAAUUAAUUUAAGUUUAUGGCACGAUUUGUUAGAAAACAAUGCAUUUAAAAUAAAUUCCACGAACAAUGUAGUUCUAUAAGUUAAAUGUCCCGGUAUUUUAAAUGUAUAAAAAUUUCGUGUUGCAUUAUAAUUUAUUUGCCGUAAUUGUAAAUUAUUUUGAUUGUGAAUAUAAAGAAAUUGGAUUGAUAACGAAUACAAUGAAUGAUGGUAAGGAAAAAAGCGCACAUGAUAUGUGCAAGAAUCACACAGCCCGAUCAGAAAAAGAUUUUUAUAGAAUUUGCCCUUCAAAACUUAGUAAGCGUGAAUUAGAGGAUUUAUAUUUCGCCCUUGUUGACAAUAAUGUGGAUCUGAAGAAAACGGUUAAUGGGCAGCGAGAACAGCUAAAGAUUUUAUCAACAAAGUUGCAGAGGGUAACUGCGCAGAGGCCUCUGGUACGGGAUACAAAGGAAUGCUGCUGUAAUUGUAAAGCUACUGUGAAUGAACAGAAAGAAACUAUAGCAGAUAUGAAGAAAACCAAUGAGCGCUUGAGUGACAGAGUUCGCUUGCUCAACAUGAGGCUUUGUUCGACAAAACAGUUCCUUAAAAAGGGUUCAGUAGGAGCAAGAUGCCCAAAAUGCAAUAUGUCUUCCACUUCUAUGAAGAAUGCAUCUACAAGUGCUCUCAAUUUGAAAGCAAAUGAGAAUGUUAGAUCUUCCACAGCUUCCUGCCAAUAUCUUAAUAGUGAUUUCGCCCAGCCGUCUUCCCCAAUCCAAGAAAUCGCAUCAACUAGAGAACAAUCUACUGAAGGUCCCUGUGAUCAGAAUAAAUGUAGAACUCUCAUGGAGGAGAUGAAACAAAAGAUUGCUGAUUUGCAACAGGAACUAUCAUCCACACACGAAGACUACUCGACUCGAAUAAAACGACUCGAAGAAGAAAUGAAAACAUUGCAUUCUGAAAACGUUCGAGUUAGAAGUGAGUCGACUUCGAGCGGGCACAGGAUCGAACAGCAAAGGGGGGAAAUUACAGAUCUCUUGCAAAGACUGAGGAUUUGUGAAGCUCAGUGUGAACAGUUAGCAGUACAACUAAGGCUGGAAAAGAGUCGCGGCGCAGAUCUGGAGAUGCGAGCGAAAGCGGCAGAAAUGUCCAGUGAUAUUGCCAAUGCUAUUGAAAAACACCUUAAUAAUUUAAAUAUAAAAAGGGAGGAACAAGAGAGACAAAUGGCCGUUCCAGAGUCGAAUAUGACUCUAUCAAACGCCGAUGAUUCUUCAAUGUAUCACUGCCAAUUCCAACUGAUAGUCCCAAACAACUCGGCUUCAUCUCAAUCAGACAAAGCGCAAGAUGUCAGUACAGAGAAGAUGAACAGAAUGUCGGAUGAUAGCGGUUACACGGACACGCAUAGAAGUCGGGAUUCUAACGAUGAGUCCCCGAAAAAGAGCGCCAUUAUGAAUCAGAUAGCUGAUCUCCAAGCACAGUUAAAUAGUCUGAAGCAAUCGAUAGGUGAUAAUGUUAGACAGUCUCAGGAUACGGAAGAAAAUGAACGUAUUAUAAGAUCACAAAAUAAAACAAAAUCCUUCUGUGGAAAGAUGCCAACCGAAUGCAGAUACAACGAAUCAUUAGAAUGCCAAUCACCAUCACCGAGAGAUGAUGACUAUCUCAUAAGAACUAGGCGUCUAAAUUCAUCAAAAAGCACCCACGAAUGGUGUACGGAAUUUGAAAGAAGUGAUGCUGAAUCGACUAUAGACGAAAAUCGACUGUCUAUAGCCAAUAGUAUUAAAGAUAAAUCGAGACGAUGUUCCCGAUACAUAGAGAAUAGAUCCGAUCUUGAAUAUCCAACGAGUACUCAUAAUAGUGAAAUGUUUAAUGUAAAUAAUGAACAGAUAAAAGAAGAAGACGUUAAUACAAGUCGUAAUAAUUCAAACGAACCAGAAGAAAAUAAAGAAGCAACAGUUGGUACUUCAAGUGAUGACUUUAAUUUCACCAAAGAAACUAUAAAACGGGUUAGCGGGAAGUUGAUUAAUGAAACUGUGCAUGAGAAAAGCGACUCAACAAUGGAUAUUAAAGUGAAUGAAAGUUUUAAUAAACCAGUUGAUAAUUCCUUUGCGAAUUUAACGGAUAGUUUGACGAAAAUGUUAAAGAAAGAAACAAAUUCGAUUGCAAAUGUUGAUAGUAAGGUAAAAGGAAAUAAAUAUGUAUCGACUGGAGUUGAUCCUAUUACUGAAUAUAGAGAACCUAGAAAUGAGUUUAGAGAUACAGGCGUGGGUACUGAUGAAAUAAUCCAAGAAGCUGCAACUAAUCUAAAUAAUUUAGAUAUAUGCGAGCAGUCAGUGAAAAUUUGCACUUGUCCAAUCUCAGCUCGUCGUGGGGUUGCUAUGUUUCGUUCUUGUAGUGGGACACUACGGUUUACCACCACUGCUUCUAAUAGCAAGUUUAGAAAAUGUGGCUGUGGUGAUAAGAUUAUUUACGGUCCUGGAGUGGAGAUUGGUAGAGAAACCAGUCCCUGCGUAUACAACCCUGGCCGUAGAACAUCUACACCAAGCCGUGGUACCUACAUAGUGUCUGGUUCAGCGAAACUACAAGCUGUGUCACCCGACACGCCUUGCGAUGUGUCGUCGCUCACUGAUGCACCUUCUGAGAGGGAAGUAACAAGCCCAAUCCUAUCGCCCGGUGAGGAAAAGGGCACGUGCACACAGAGCGAUCUAACGCCGCGUUCGACCACCGACUACGGUUCUUUGAGCGAAGGAGAAUUGCCUGUGCAAGAACGCAGACACUCAAUUGGAGAAACUCAAUCACCCGACGACAAUAUCACCAAUGUUAGACGACAUACAUCGACGUCAGAAAAAAUGGAGGAGGCAUUGCGUGCGAUCAGCGACGAGUUGUCCCGCUGUAGACAUCUGUUGCAGGCACACACUUCGCUAGAGUCAACAAAACCCACAUCCCAAGACGCGACGAGCAUGACGGAGGGCGCAUCGAUCGCGCUACACAAGUGUGACGCGAACCAACGGAUACGUGCAACGUCCAAAUGCGUGUUCACUUUGCACGUUGGCACUGUUAUACUUUCUGAUCAGGCUGUACUAAACUCCCGCAACAAGUCGCUAUCUCUACUGUGGCGGUUCUACGACCAAGCGCCGACACUCACGCACCAGCUGGCCGGGCGUGUGAUGCACUUUGACUUCUCUGUGGAGUACGAUGUACGGAUUUCUCCGAAGUUUCUGGAGUAUUUGAAACAGAUUGGUGGGCCUGGUCUGCGUCGUCGAGAAGUAUCAAGCGGUAGUAUAACAGCAGAAGAAGCGGGUGUGUUAGAUGUGUGGUGCAUGUUGCGUGUUCCGCCUGAUAUUAUGCCGGCUGUUAGUGGUGCUGUUUCGCAGACGCUAGCCAGCUUCCAUCGUCAAGCGUCUUCGCUUGAGAGAAUUCUUGAUGCUGAUCACACCGACUUCCAUCUCAGUCGAGAUCUCGACAUGCACAGGGCCAGCAAACCGCACCAUUCUGAAAUUAGUAAAGCAUCAUACGAUUCAGAAAACAUCUACGAUAUUAUGAACUCUAAAAAAUGGCGAAGAGCAAGUGCCUUAAAACAGACGGAGACAUGUAGCAAAAAAUCAGUCACCAUUUUACCGAAAGCACCGCGACGAACCACUGUAGAGGAUACUCCCAAGGCUCAGGCAAACUUAUCAGAGGAAAAGAGCCAAACGCUAGACAUAACAAUACUCUGGCUCGCUCUGAACGAAGAGUGCAAAGCGAUGACCAACCCCAAAGUCAAGCGCUUGUAUGUGGCCUAUAGUUUCCUUGGAAAAUGUGGCGCGGAACUGGAAACCCCUAGCAGUUUGCCGAAACCGAGGAAUUUUAUGGACAAAUGCCAUUAUAAUUUUAGAAAAUCGUUCAUAAUAAACGAGUGUGACAUAGCAGUACUAAGUGCGAUGGCUCGAUACAAGCAAUCCAACGCCGGGUCUGAUACAAAGCAUUGUAUUGUUUUCUCCGUUGUUAGUGAGCCGCCGGAAGAUCCGCUUGGGUUGGAUGCUUGUGAGGAUAUCGGGUGA